GCCGGGCCAGGCGGAAGCGCCAGCAGAGGGCACUGCUGCCCACUGUUCCGCGUUCGCCCCUCCUCGGCCGUGAACUGCCUUCGUCCCGCUUCGCGGGCCCCCGCGGGUCAGUGUCCUGGGACUUCUGCCCCUGAUCACGAGCCUGGGCCGGGACCUUUACGUGAAGAGGGGUCUCUUGUUACAGGCCUGUCUGUGCCGUGUGCCAUGGUGGCUCUGUGGACCCUCACUCUGGCCUUGGCCGCUGGCCUGGCUGCUACCAGCCCACCUAACAUUGUGCUGAUCUUUGCUGAUGACCUGGGCUAUGGGGACCUGGGCUCCUAUGGACACCCCAGUUCCACCACCCCCAAUCUGGACCAGCUGGCCGCAGGGGGUCUGCGGUUCACGGACUUCUACGUGCCUGUGUCUCUGUGCACACCCUCGCGGGCUGCCCUCCUGACCGGCCGACUCCCAGUUCGGAUGGGCCUGUACCCUGGCGUUCUGGAGCCCAGCUCCCGAGGGGGCCUGCCCCUGGAGGAGGUGACCCUGGCUGAGGUCCUGGCUGCCCGAGGCUACCUCACAGGGAUAGCUGGCAAAUGGCACCUUGGGGUGGGGCCUGAGGGGGCCUUUCUGCCCCCCCACCAUGGCUUCCAUCGAUUCCUGGGCAUCCCAUACUCCCAUGACCAGGGCCCUUGCCAGAACCUGACCUGCUUCCCGCCGGCCACCCCCUGCGAUGGCGGCUGUGACCAGGGCCUGGUCCCUGUCCCUCUGUUGGCCAACCUAUCGGUGGAGGCUCAGCCCCCUUGGCUUCCUGGACUUGAGGCCCGCUACGUGGCCUUCGCCCGUGACCUCAUGGCUGAUGCCCAGCGCCAGGGCCGCCCGUUCUUCCUGUACUACGCCUCCCACCACACCCACUAUCCCCAGUUCAGUGGGCAGAGCUUUUCGGGGCGCUCCGGCCGAGGGCCGUUUGGGGACUCCCUGAUGGAGCUGGAUGCAGCUGUGGGGGCCCUGAUGACGGCUGUGGGGGACCUGGGGCUGCUCGGAGAGACACUGGUCUUCUUCACUGCAGACAACGGACCUGAGACCAUGCGGAUGUCCCACGGCGGCUGCUCUGGCCUCCUGCGAUGCGGAAAGGGAACCACUUUCGAGGGGGGCGUCCGAGAGCCUGCCUUGGCCUUCUGGCCAGGCCACAUUGCUCCCGGUGUGACCCACGAGCUAGCCAGCUCCCUGGACCUGCUGCCCACCCUGGCAGCCCUGGCAGGGGCCCCACUGCCCAAUGUCACCUUGGAUGGCGUUGACCUCAGCCCCCUGCUGCUGGGCACAGGCAAGAGCCCCCGGCAGACCCUCUUCUUCUACUCGGCCUACCCAGACGAGGUCCGAGGGGUCUUUGCUGUGCGGAGCGGGAAGUACAAGGCACACUUCUUCACCCAGGGCUCUGUCCACAGCGACACCACUGCAGACCCUGCCUGCCAUGCCUCUAGUCCGCUGACUGCCCAUGAGCCCCCGCUGCUCUUUGACCUGUCUGAGGACCCUGGUGAGAACUACAACCUGCUGGGGGGUGUGGCUGAGGUCGCCCCAGAGGCGCUGCAGGCGCUGAAGCAACUUCAGCUGCUCAAGGCCCAGUUUGAUGCUGCCGUGACCUUCAGCCCCAGCCAGAUAGCCCGGGGCGAGGACCCUGCCCUGCAGGUCUGCUGUCAGCCCAGCUGCACCCCCAGGCCAUCCUGCUGCCACUGCCCUGAGCUCCAGCCCUGAGAGCAUAGGCGGAGGCCAGCCCCACACCCCUCGCCCCACCCAGGCAUGUGAUGGUCCAUUGCUGUGCUGUGGGUGUGUACCUGAGAAUGCUAAUAACACCAGCUGACACUUGUAGGUGUGAUAAUUCACAUGAUCCUUGUGAUAGCCCUGAGAUAGGUGUUGUUCUGCCCGUUACAAAUGAGGAACCUGAGGCGUGGAGAGGUCCAGCAACUUGUCUGAGGUCACCCGGCCAGUGAGAGGUUGGCUCCGGAAGCUGCCCGCCUCCCCCUGGUGAUUGCUUGUGUCAGUGCAGACAAGCGUGGUGGUGAGUGUGGGCACACCUGUUCACGGGGUCAAUACUAGGUGCUUUUAUGUGCCAGGACGGGGUGAGGAGGGGGCGAGGGCAUGGCGGACAGCAGACCCCGAAGACGCAGAGUGCCCAUAAGAGCCAGGUUUUCCCCGGGGAAGAAGCACAGGAACUGGACCGCCCUGGCUGUUAGAAACCUGUCUGGAGGAGGGUGAGGAGUUGCAGUCUACGUGGUGAAGUGGGCUGGGGAGCCCUGCCAGCUCUGAGGAAGGCACGUCAGCAGCUCCAGAGACUUCCCCUCGGCCCCCAAUGCCCCUUCCAAAACUCUGCGUUUCCUACCUGCACACACAUUUCCAGUCUCCUGGCUUCGCCUCUGCCCCUAGGGGAGCCAUUCCCCACCCGGCAAAGUGAUCUCUUAAAAACAAGCAGGUUUGGCUCCAUUUGUGUUCAAAACCGCAGGCUUCCUAUCAUGCUCAGAAUAGAACCCAGACUCCUUGGAGUGGCCCACCAUGCCCCACCCCACAGCCCUCGUCCGUCAGCCCUGGCAGCUGGCCGGGUUGCCCAUCAUCAGGGCAAGAUGCUCAUCCUUGACUCUGUCUGGCACCUGCUCUGCAGAAGGGGCCCCCUGCCUGCCCACCCGCUGGCAUCUGCGUGGUGGCAUGUAGCCCUCCUGGGGUCCCCUGUGUGUGUACCGAUUCAGGGCCACGUGCUCCUAGAGCGGCUGUCACACCCCACAUGCUCCCUCAGCGUUGGUUGAGUGAGAAGAGUGCCGUCUGGGUGCUCAGGACCCCGAGCGGGUGUCCUGUCCUCAUGGUAGACCAAACAGCCAUCCCCCUCCUACUAACGGUCCUCACUUUUUCACUGGUGGGCAGAGGCCCCGUGACCUCUGAGGUACAGGCUCUCCUAGUCCCAGGAGGUAGUAGCCAGUCUGAGCCAAUCACAAUCCAGUGAUUGGUCCAAGAGAGGCGUGUGACCAAGGGUCCUGGUCAGUGAAGGGUCAGGGGCAGUCUGCUGGAAUCCCCGGGUCUUCUGCACCACUCAUGCUCCAGGGGUGGUGAGGACGGUGCUGCAGCACCACUGGCCCUGACCAGACAUCGUGCAGCCACUAAACGAGUGUCUCCAGCCAUGUACCUCCAGAGCUCACAAUGUAAGAAAAUAAACCAGCCUAUUUAAGCCACUGCUGCUGGCUUGUCUAUCACUUGCAGCUGAAAGCAGUCUUGUUGGAAUGACGUGUGAACGGGACGUGUAGAGGGCAUGUGUAUGUGUGCAGGGGUCCUCCUGAGUGAGCCUGUGGUGUCAGAUACCGUGUGCUGAGGCCCCGUCUGUGUUCUCCAUGUGACUCUCCCAUCACUUCUCGUCUGGUUUGGAGGCUGCACUAACCAUGCCCCACAUCCUGCUGUAUCUUGGAGCUGCCCCCAUAGGGUAGUGGUUUCCUUGGGGGCCCCUUCAGCCACUGGCGCUGACAUAAGGAGGGCCCACGUGCAUGUGUGGUCUGGGCAUGCCCACCCCCUGCAGCCUGCAGCUUCUCUUCCAGGGGGCCUGCAGUCACCUGGAGGUGCCUUGGUUUCAGGAUGAGGACAGAGGAAUGGAAGCAGGUGCACAAUCUCCGUAUCACAUCCAAAGAUCAGACACUCCAGCAGGAAUAAAUGAAUGCCAGCACCCGGGCAUCGCCUGCAGGCGCCUUGCCCAGGUCUGUUGCCCAGCUGGGUGGUGAGCAUCACGGCGUUAGUUCCACGGACCUUUACUCACCACCCAGGGCUGUGCUUGGGGCUGGGGCACAAAUCGACAGAGGGCACUCACCCCUGCUCCUGUGGUGCUUAAUGUCUAGCGAAGGAGAUGAACAUCAACCCUGCGCACUCAGACCAAGUGGAGUUCAGUGUGACAGAAACUCAACUUCCCAGGUUUCGGUGUGUGGGUAUUGCCUGGGAACAACGAUCGGGAACCGUCAGGUGCUACAGAAGUUCUCCGUCUUGACUGGGGGUGGGGGGGGGGGUGGAAACGUGGUGCACAGAAACGUAUAAUGCACUCGAGCUACACACUUGAGUGUGUAGCUUGAGUGCCCUUUAUGAUGCCAUGUAUAUUUUACACUUCAAUAGAAAUAAAGUACUAAUCGUGA